AUGACAUAUGCGUCGCAAGAUGUGGCCGACCACGAAUACCAGAUUCUGACCGCUUUCCGCUUUCCUCCCACUGAAGAUAACUGGGCAUCGAAAAAGGUCGUUCCAUCAUCCCAUCUCCAAGAAGCGAGCGAGAUAGCAUCGCCCACCUCAGACACCACAUUAUUCGAAGACACACCCUUAUGUCCGAUUAACCCAUUAGGAUCUCGAAAAAGUGUUCAUUCGUACGCAGCCUACGACGACACCCUAAGAAAAGAACUGCCAACCACAUCCGCCACACAAGUCAAAGAAUACAAAACAACCCCCAUGGAGAGGCGGUAUGACCGAAACCGUCGGUAUGUCUCGUCUGACCCACCCUUUGAUGUCAUCGAUACGCCUUCAACUCCAUUUCGGUCGAGAGCAAAGACGGAUGAUGGCCUGCUCUUGUUUAGGGCUGACCCUUCCAAAGAACCCACGAUCAAAGCUCGUGAGAGCAGGCACCGUCACAAGAUAUCUUUAAAUCUACCAGUGAACGCGCAUGAAAGGAGACGCGAUGGAGCUGGGCGACCACAACAGCCCGAUGUUGAGAGUUGGCCCAAGCCGCCGCCUGAUAUCGGGGUCGCCCAUCAUGCUAUAAGAGUAGACGUAAUGACCGCAGAAGAAAGGGAUCUAGAAUGCAAGCACCGACAUACGUUCAUAGGAACCGGCUCGCUAGACGACUUUCUAGAGAUUCUGAAAAUCUCAACAACACAUACCGCUACCAAAAGCGCGAUUGCUCGAGCCUUCGUACAGCUGGCAUCAGCGGAGCAGCUUUACGCUCGACAGUGCUCCACCGGGUACCUUGGGUGGGACCUUGUUUCACGAACAACACUGGCUGUCAUGGACGUUACUAGCGUCGAUUGCGUUGUACAGUUGCACGUCAAGCUAGACUCCAUUACACUGCGACAAUUUCUGGACCUGAUACCUUUCAAUGAUGUAGAUGAAGUAACGGCAAUGCGUAUCGUUGAAGCCUUCUCAGUUGCUAGCCACUUGGACGCGACGGCGGGUAUAGGUACACGUAGCAAGGCGAGAGCUUUCAGGAGUUGGUUCAUUCAGCAGAUGAAGGCUGGCGCAGAUCACUGA